AUGUCCAGCUUGUUGUCAUCUCCACUGUCAGUCCAACAAAGCAGUUCCAAACGUUCCAAAACUUUUACUGGUUGCUUUACAUGUCGUACAAGGAAGAUCAAAUGUGACUUGAAGAAACCACUGUGUGAUAAGUGCAUUAAGGCUAAGUUGACAUGUGCCGGCUACGAUGUCAAGCUUCGAUGGUCGCAACCGAUUCAAUUCGCACCAUUGAACAAUGGGGAUGUAAAAGGUUUGCAAGUCAAGUUCCCCACGUAUGAAGAUGGAGAUGGUCAGGAUGAUGCAGACAUCGAUGCUGGUAUUGAUGCACCUGAGUAUUUUCAUCGACGAUUUGUCGAUUUUGUCAAAUGGAAUGAACCGUAUACGACAUAUGAUCAGAUGAAUCGAGACCUUGCACACUUGCAGAAUAACAGAUUGACGUCAAGAUUGAAACCACGUGGGGAUACCAAGAUGAAGGGCCCAUUUGGUGUUUUUCAAGGAAUGGCAAACAAACGUGAUGGAGAUGAGGUGGAGCCGGUGCAAGAAGUGAAAAAGAGAAGGAUUGUUGAUGAACGAAAUGGAUUCUCAGUUGACGAAACAUCCGUAGCUUCAUCAAGAAAUUCAAACAGGAGUAAUGGCAUUGCCGUGCUUGGUGAUGCUCCACCACAGGAUCAAUUUUGGUUGUCGAAUGAGUUGAAGGAUGCUGCGUUGGUCACUGCGGCUGCUUUGAAUACUCAUUUUUUGGACAUUAUGAACAACUUUGAUACCAAUGACAAUGUGUUGCCGCGAUCAAGUAAUGAAGGGAACAGUACAGCAAAUGAUGCCAACUUCAAUUUGAAUAACCCUGACUUGUUUAAUUUGGUAUUUCAUAACAAGGGUCAAAACUUUAGUAGCAUUCAAUCAGAACCUGCAAAUCCCAACUCAAAUAUGUCAAUGACAAACUUACUAAAUCAGCCAGAACAUCUUGUCGAUCCUAUUUACUAUUCCAAUUUCUCCAACUUUUUUUACAACAAUCCGUACCAAAUGAAUGAAAAUUUGGAAAUCCAAUUACACGCACAAUCCACAAGUGCAGAUGACACCGAGUAUGUUGAUGGAGAUCAUUCUAACGAUAGUAAAUUGUUGGCUUCAAUAAUGAAGAUUGUACAAAGUCCGCUCAAUGUCAACUUUGACUUAACACUACCAACAAGGCAGUCACACGUAGGCAUUCCGUUAACUGCAUUACAGGUUCAGCCAUUGACGCGGUAUUUAUUAAAUUAUUAUGUGACAGAUGUUGCCGAUUUAAUGACGGUGAUACCCCUAACUGAAAACCCUUGGAAGGCGAUCUAUUUUCCAAGAGCGUUAAUGGCGAUUGGCGAACUACUGGCUUUAGGUAAAACUUCGAUGGCUAAAAAUGCAUUGUUGAAUGCAUUGCUAGCAGUUUCUGCAUUCAAUUUGCAAUCAAAAUUUCCCAAGAAUUCGCAACCAAUGCGAUUUUAUUUGAAUUUGGGAAUUGCAUUGCGUAACCAAGCAAGCUUGUUCGUUAAAAAAUUGUUGAAUCUGAAGAACGAUGUACAAUCUGGUAUUGAACAUUGUGUUACACAAGAAAAGUACAAGGAUGUGCUUUGUGCCGUGAUGACGAUGAUUAGUGUUGAUUUGGUUUGGGGAACUAUGCAAGAUACGGGGUUAUACAUUGCUUGGUGUGGUAAGGUCAUUGUUGCCAAAAUGGCAAUCAAAAAGAAACUUUCGCCAAAGGCAAGGAUAUUGCAUCGUAUAUUCUCUUCUUUGAAAUUGAUUCAAGACUCAACAUGUUUAAAUUUCGAAAGCAUUAAGGAGAAUUAUGAGUCGACGACUGGUAUUGGUGGAUACGAUGUUAAUGGAGACAAAUUUGGCAAUGAGAAAGAACGAAGUAAAGACAGCAACAAAGGAAGAAUAGACUUUAUUGUCAACAAUUCCUUUUCUGACAAAACCAACAGCUCAUUUCAAACUACUGAUACCACCACAUCUCCCCAAUUCGUAAACAAAAAGUUGAUCAAUACCAAAAAGAAUGAUGAAAAUUUUGCCACUGAUGCAUUGUAUGGUUUGCCAAACUCGUUGAUUUUGUUAUUUAGUGAGACGGUUGAAUUAUUGAGGAUACGAAUAUACUACACCACGUCGAAAAAGGCUUUGCCUGGUGAUUAUAAAACCAGAGUUGAUGCGUUGAACAAAAAGUUGAAUGCGUGGAUAUUGGAUUGGAAAUUGUACAAGGGACAACCAAUGGUUCCCAAUGAGGCUGUCGAAAAGCGAGUAACCCGCAGUGAUGACAAACGAAGCACGCCUAGUACCAAUCCUGAAGAUGAUGACAGCACAAGUAAAGAAUUCUAUUCUCCAAUGCAUGAAGUCACAUACCAUCACAUCAUGUCAUUUUAUCAUGCGCUUGUCAUUUAUUUUAGUCGAUUCAUUAAAGAUAUUUCACCCACCAAAUUACAAACUAGAGUUGUGAGAACCCUCAAUCACUUGAACUCUAUUCAGGAUCUUAUUGCUAAAGAUGAAGCAGCAAUUAUUCCCUUAUUUUGGCAAGGUUUCAUAGCCGGGUGUGAAGCACUCUCAACUGAUUUACAAAUGGGUUUUAAGAAAUGGGGUGCUGAUAUUGCUCAAUAUUUGGGUUCGUAUUGGGGUGCAAGGCAAAUCAUGUUGGAAGUGUGGCGUAGAAAAAGUUUAAAGGAGGCCAGGGAUGAUUGGGUCAGUGUUGUCCAGGAUUGGGAAAUGAACUUGAUGUUGAAUUAG